GUUUACGUCAUUAUCUUUAGCCGAUAGCAAGAGAAUAUAAACUUUUGCAAGAAGUUAACCUUCAAAAUAUGGCUCAAACGGUGAAACUGGCCCUCCUCUCCUUAGCAGGAAUUCUGGGAUGGCAUGGAGCAUUUCUGGUGUUGCUGAUUGUAUCCUUUAAGUUGUUUUUGGAGCAAAAUUUUUACGGGCAAGAAGGUUACACCUGCCCUUGCACAUGGCCGACUGGUUAUGGUACCAUCAUGUUUCUGUUCCCGUCACUAAGCACCUUUCUGGUCGCAUUUUUCACAUACUUCCGUCGAGAUAACGAUAGCGUUCCAUGGAAAGCUGUGAAGAAACUUUACGAGCUCAAAUGUGCUUGUAAUUUUUAUGAUGGGCGUACCGACUGGGAUUCUCACGCCGAACACUGUAUUCGUUGCAUGGUUCGCUGGCGAGACUGGAACCUGGUAAAGGUCGCCUUGUCAGCAAUUUUCUCCCUUCUGUAUCCCUUAAUGUGGCUGUCACUUAGUUUUCUCCAGACGUUUUACUACGUUUGCGCUCACGUUGGUCCAGAUUAUGAUACACUCACCGGCUACUGCGAUAUUACGGACAUCCCCGACAAUUAUCAAAAGAAUACUGUUCUGGCAGCGAUUCGCUCAAAGGUUAUUGGGGGCGUUUUGUUUGUAAGCGCUCUGCUCCUUCUGGGUGUCUUCGUGAUCGUUUAUGGUGAAAUUAAAACCUAUUUGAAGAAGAAAGAUGAUUCGUCAAGGUGCGGACCUAACGGGAGAGCUGAUAAUCUGCAAGUUCACGUCUCCGUUCUACCAAGCCGUUCAUCCGGGACAUCAGAUAGUGCUGGACUCCAUGGCAACAGAGAAUCUCCUUUUGCAGCAGUUGAAAGUGGAGGCCAGGUAAGAUUUCAUACAAAGGUGGCUCGCAGCAGUUGAAGGUGUUUUCCUUUACACUUUAAAGACCUUUAGCAAACGGCAACGAGAAGGAGGAAGUUGCAAAACAAAAAAUGUAGUGGGCAUGACAAUAGCCCAGCACGUACGUUUUAAAACUUUGUAGAUUUCUUAGCCUUCCUCUGUCACACAAUAAUGUGAAGUUACCGAAAUUUACGUGAUCAAAAAAAAAAAAAGAACACCCGACGACAAAUUAUGUAAGUUUCAAUUUGGAACUCAACCGUGCUCACAAAAAUUAUGCUGAAAGUGACGUGUGGCGCCAAAUAAGACGUUAAACACAUCAGCCAUUUUUUAAUUGACGUCUUCCUCGGCGUUACUGUCUUACUGCUUAAGGUCCGACUUCUUUUAAGGUUUAAAGGUUUAAAGUAAGCAAGGAAGUUAUCCUGGCCACGGUAUAUUAAAUCAAAAACACUCCUGAGGUUUGCAUAGAUGUCGAUCUUGUUUAUUGACCCAUCAAAGUCCGACAUCCUGCAAAGCUGAAAAUUAAACCCUGUGAGCUGAAUUUUGUUAAAAAUCACUGCGAUGUAUUCCUUUUAAACACUGAAUAAAGGAAUAGUGUAUCACAGAUUAUGAUGUAACCAUAGUGUAAGAAAAAUAAUCAGUUGUAUUGAAGCAUAAAGGUUGAUGUUCAAACUUCUUUUCCCGCUCCUAAAAGUGGUGAAGUUUGAAAAACUCCGAUUGAUUUCGACGUUUCUAGGAAAUGGAGCUCUGGAGGGUGAUUCGUUUUAUAGUGUUUUCCUAUCACCAGUAAGGAAAAUCAAUUUUCGUUGUUCAGAAUUUCAGAUGCUUCUGAUGUGUCAAAAUUCCUUAUUUAAGUCAAAAUUACUUAAAUUAUUAUUUCUGAAUGCAAACUUUCCUCUUGAAUCGAUGAUGAGCAUUCUUAAAAACUGACAAUUCCACGUAAAAAAUAACAACUCAUUAAAUUGUCAUUUUUCAGGUAACCAAUCAGAAUCAGCCACAACUGCAUGACGGGAACAAGACGAUUCGUAUCAAUUUGAGUGACGAGUUUACCACUGCCUUGCAAGGCUGUCUUCAGGAGAGCAAGUGGCAGGGAAUUGAUAUCCGCUGUUCACAGAAAGAAGAGGGCGCGAGCGGACAGGGAUCAAAUAUCCAAUUUCCUGAGCGAUCGUUGCACCAGCGAAUAAGUUCCGCUGACCGUACCUUGGAAAACCCGUCGUCAACUCCACCUUAAGUUGUAUAACACAAAGAACAGUGCAUAGCUUGCCAUCCGUAACUAAAAAAAAAGGCUGAAGAAGUUUAAUUUCGAAAUUAAAAAUACUUUAGGAUUUUUGACGCCAGUUAUGCAUGUAGUAGUGUCUAAAUAAGAGAAAGAUACAUAAGACAAAGUUAAUUUUUUUAGAGUAAGAUUAGGUAAGCAGUAAUUAAGAAAACUGAUAACGCGAGUUUUACAAAAACAGGAGUAUUUUUAUGUGAUAUGACAAGUCAAAAUUUUUUAUUUCGGGAAUAUUAUGUCAACAUUGUUUUUUUCUCUUUUUUGUUUCGGACGUGGUAGAAACUGAAGUUCAAAAACUGAAACUUUUUAUUUCCAAUCCAUUAAAUUUACAAAGUUGGACUGAUUAAUGUAACCAGUAUUACAGUAUAAUUUAGUCGAAAGAAAGAACACUAUACUCCUGCAAACUCACCUACUCUAUUAAUCAACAUGUGAUUUUCUUACCGAGGAGAAACUUUUGAAGGCAAU